AUGAAUGUCAAAUGGCGCAUGACAGCCCUUUCCGAAUCGAAAACAGAAAUUUUCACCGCCAGAACCUGGAUCCGGGGCCCUGGGGUGGGGGAUUUCCAUACCUGCUAUGGGUUCUCUGAUCGGCUUUAUCGGAUGGCCGUCUUUAGUUACUCAGAAAGUUGCAAUGCGGAGAUACCCAAGGGCUCAUUGCAGAUACGCUCUUUGACUCCUGCGCAAGACACUGGCUCCUAUCAAUUUAAAAUGUGGGCUCAUCAAGUUUCCAGAUCGCAAGGCUACUGGUCGCUUGGCAGCUCACAAUAUCAAAUCAGAAAUGCGCGCUAA